AUGGCAUCCCCAGGAUCAACUGCACUACCGCACAAACGACAGAGAGUCCGAAAGGCUUGCGUGCCCUGUAGGGAACGUAAAAGGAAAUGUAAUGGCAAGUCUCCGUGUGAAAUGUGUGUCGCUUAUGGAUACGUAUGUCAUUAUAUCGACGGGCGUGGGCCUUCGGCAUCACCUCAAGUGCAACAAGUGGUUGAAACCCCCCCUGAUACGGAGAGCAGACCUUUUGUCCUCCCAAGUAUACAUAGAAACCAACCACAGCCUAUCGAUACGCAGAAUGUUACCGGUCAAAACAUUAUAGAUCCGACUAAGUCUAGGUACACGAUCCAGCACUCGGCAGUUGCUUUUCCACGCUGUCUUGGUCUCGAACUCCGAUCAACUAAUCCUCCACGCUUACAUUCCUUCGCUUGGCAUUGCGGAAUCAGACCAGAAGAAAAUCCAAAUUCUCAUGUCCUUCUCUCUGAUUUAGUUACAAAGGAAGAUUAUUACCGUAUCUCAAAAGUAUAUUUUUCUGUUGUCCAUCCGAUAUUUGAUGUUGUUAAUCCAGAGCAGCUGGCAAAGAAUGUUGAAAAAUAUUGGGACGGCGACGUAAAGACGUUAGAGUAUGGAGCUGUUAUUGCGGGUGUGAUAGCUUUAGGAUCAUUUUUUAUGGGAAGUCUUGGCCAUCCUCGAGAGAUGGAUAUAGUACAAUAUGCUAAAGGUAUUCUCGAUGAUCCGACUUUCAGCCGCAUACCCACGGUGGAGCAAGUCUCCGCAUGGGUCUUGCGCACUAUUUACCUUCGAGCUACUUCUCGGCCCCACGUAGCAUGGUUAGCUAGCUGUGUAACCAUCCAUCUUUCUGAGGCAAUUGGCCUGCAUCAUGAGAUUGACAGAGAGGAUAUAGCGAUAUCGAGUAACGUUUCACCGAAAAGGACUGCUGUGAUUAGCGAACACACUCGAAGAUUAUUUUGGUGUGCAUGGUCAAUCAACACCAUUCUCUCAUAUGACUAUGGGCGCUCAAGUGUUACGCUGAAUAGAAUUACCUGCAAGCCAGUUGAGCAGACAGACGGUAAUUACACGGUUCAUUUAGUGGCGUUAGCACACCUGAUUCCACAAGACAGCGUAAAUGCAAACGCAACACAAUUGUUACAGGCUCUGGCAGCCGUCCACGAAUCACCAAAUGCACAUCCAUUCUUAUCGUUGACCAAGAGUGAUAUAUGCCUCUCUUUGUAUAGAAGGCUUCGUCUUCUGAAUCACAUUCUUGAUAAGAGUGUUGUUUUACAAAUAAUUGAUAUCGGUAACACCGCGCUAUCAGCAGCGUAUGCCCUUGUAAAACUAGAUCAAGCAUGGUGGAAUGUGCUGAGCACCUCAUUCCAGUACGUCUGCGUGCUUCUUGCCAUCGACACCGCGGAAAGUCUUUCACAUGUCGCCACUGCUAUGAGAACACUAGAUAAUAUUACUCAAGUUCUCGGUACACAUAUUGCUUUUGAAGCACAAAAGACCGCAAAACUACUUCUUGAGGAUUCCAUGAAGAAAAAAAGACAAGAAAUUCAGCAACUUGAGCAGGCAACUCACCAGAGAUCUACUCUCGAAACUACUCACUUACUCGAUAUUGACUGGGAUGCCCUGCUUGAUCCAUCGGACACGUUAAAUUUUAUGUAA